AUGGCUUGUGUGACCAGAGGUUCUUUCUCAAUUGUCCUUAAUGGUACUCCUGGUGGCUUUUUUACUCCUACACGUGGGCUACGGCAAGGAGACCCACUGUCCCCAUAUUUAUUCCUGCUUGUUAGUGAGGUACUGUCUUUAAGGCUUACUAAGGAAGUUGCUAUGAAGAAAAUAAGUGGAGUUAAAUUGGCUCCUUCUUGCCCUCCCUUAUCUCACUUGUUUUUUGCGGAUGAUUCACUAUUUUUCAUGAAGGCAACUUUAUUGAAUUGUUCUCGGGUCUCUACUGUGUUUAAAGAUUAUUGUUUGGCUUCCGGGCAAAUGAUUAGUACUGAAAAGUCUAGUAUCUACUUCUCUCCUAAUACUCCCACUCAGUUGCAGAGACUUAUGUGUUUGUUAAUGGGGAUUGGUGGUACUGACAAGCCAGGUUGUUACCUUGGAUUACCUACCUUUUGGGGUAGAUCUAAGAAUGGAGCUUUAACAUAUAUCAAAGACAGAUUUAUGGGUAAGGUGGAAGGUUGGAAACAGAAAUAUUUGUCUCAAGCUGGAAAGGAAAUUCUUCUCAAGUCUGUGGCUCUUGCUAUUCCAACUUUCCCUAUGAGAACUAACCUGAUCAUUAAGGAGAUCAGAAGGAGGAGUAGUGCCUUUGAUUGGGUUGGAUGGGAAUGGAUACCCAGAUCGGCCAAUAGAGCCGCUCAUGAAGCUGCAAAGCUUGGUCAACAGACGUUGGGUCUCCGUACUUGGUCGGAGACUCCCCCACCAUCUCUUACUCUUGUACUUAGAAGUGACGGUUUCCCAUGUCCUCAUAAUGCCUGA